AUGAUCCGCCAAGCAGGUCAAUGUCCGCCCAGCGCGUCUGGAGGUUCUUCCCAUCAAAUCUUGCUACCCAAGACACCCUCCUUGGCAACAAAUGCGUCCUCCUCCAGUGCUGGGGGAAUCACCGGCGACGGUCUAUGGGCUCCGCAUAACAGCGCAACGUCUGCUGCGCUCACUUCAUCGUUGCCAAACGGAUCUGACAGAUCCGAACUUCUGAAACACAGCAGUCAAGAGGGCGCAACCUCCCAUUUCUUUUCGGCGGAAGCACCACAAGACAAACAGGGGAACGCAGGGGGUCAAGACUCCGUGGGUCUCAUGUUUUCGUCUCCCAUGCCCUCGGACACGGAGAAUAAUCACUCUCCCGUUGGUGCGGUAGAGGCGGAACCGAAACGGGCAUUGUCGCCUCCACCAGGGCAACGAGCCUCCAGUCGCGGCGACUUUUUACUUGAGUCGAAUAAAGUAGUGAAAAGCCGACGAGCGGUGGUCAUAACAAGUGACGCAGAUGCUUCCGAACACGGUCUACCGCACCCGUCUACCUUGAAA